GUGGUGCUAAGUGCAGGCGGCUGUACAAGGCCCCGACGGGAGGCGCGCUGCCCACAACCGGAGCUCGGCUCCUCGCCUGAGCGCGGUGGCCGGGCCUCCUUGCCCCUUCGGCCGCCGUCCAGGGGACAACACCGUGUAGUGUCCGCCCGGGCUAGGAUUUGCUUCACAGUCUUCAUGGAAGCGAUGUUCCCCCAGCAGGAGACCCUAGUAGGGCAGCCGGGGCGCUCCUCUUCCCUGACAGAAGUGUCUAGGAUCGCGGGAGGCCCCGGCAUCAAGAAGGUGAGGACGUGGAACAGGGUCCGCGCCCUCCUCGCGCGCCGCCGCCCCCACAGCCAGCGCGCGCCCUCCGCGACCGCGGCGCGGAAGCCGGACGCCUCAGGGAUUUAACGCUCGAGGCUCGCGCCCUGUGGCGUUAGUCCCCGGACAUUAUCCCCAUCCCCGGCUCCUCACGCCUACCCUCGCCGCCGCCUCCCACGUCACCCUCGGCUUCUUCGCAUCGAUCGUCCUAUUCUCCAGAAGCAGAACCCACAGCUUCCCUGCCGGUCUCCAUCCGCCGCCGCAGAGGCAGCCCCGGCUCCUCCCUCUGUCCGGCACGCUUGCCUGGAUUGGGGGCUCCCUUUCCCUGGCCCUUCUGAGUGCUCGGCUCAUCCGGCUCCCCGAGGUCUCCUGGUGCACCGCUUGUUGGCGAGGUCAGCUCCGCGGUGGUCAGGAACGUCGGCGCCUGUCUGUGCGCGGCAGCCUGUCCUGAGGAAGAAAAUGAAAACACUAGCAGAAAGGAGGAAGAGUGCUCCAUCUCUCAUCCUGGACAAAGCCCUACAAAAAUGGCCUAGCACCAAGGAAAGUCCUUCUGCUAGCAUGGAUUCAUGUGCAUUUCUGUCAUCGUUUGUGUGCUCCAAUAGGACUUUGCUGAUUGAUGGCCGGGUAGAACUCAAAAGAGGCCUACAGAGGCAGGAGCGACAUCUUUUCCUGUUUAAUGAUUUGUUUGUUGUGGCCAAAAUCAAAUAUAAUAACAACUUUAAGAUAAAAAAUAAAAUUAAAUUAAGUGACAUGUGGACAGCAAGCUGUGUGGAUGAAGUAGGAGAAGGCAACACCAAUGCCAUGAAGUCUUUUGUCUUGGGCUGGCCCACUGUGAACUUUGUGGCCACUUUCAGUUCUCCAGAACAAAAGGACAAAUGGCUCUCUCUCCUUCAGAGAUACAUCAAUCUAGAGAAAGAGAAGGACUAUCCGAAGAGCAUUCCCCUCAAAAUCUUCGCCAAGGACAUUGGGAAUUGUGCCUAUUCUAAAACUCUCACGGUAAUGAAUUCAGAUACAGCGAAUGACGUUAUCAACAUGUCACUACCAAUGCUAGGGAUAACUGGCUCUGAGAGAGAUUACCAGUUAUGGGUCAAUUCUGGCAAAGAAGCAGCACCAUAUCCACUCAUUGGGCAUGAAUAUCCCUAUGGAAUUAAAAUGAGCCACCUUCGAGACUCUGCACUCCUGACACAGAGAUUAAAGGACUCCAGCACCCCUUCCAACUUCCAAGAACCUUUCCUCAUGGAACAGCUGCCCCGGGAGAUGCAGUGCCAGUUCAUCCUGAAGCCCAGCCGCCUGGCCGCAGCCCAGCAUCUGAGUGAUUCAGGUCAGAAGACAUUUAAAAGGCGAAGAUCUCUCAUAAACUGGGCCUUUUGGCGGGGUUCUAGCAUUCACCUAGACCAUUUGCCCAUGUCACCAACAUCUCCUAUGCCAGGACAGCUGUUUGGAGUUUCUUUGCCAAAUAUUUGUGAGAAUGACAAUCUGCCCAAACCUGUCUUGGAUAUGCUUUUCUUUCUUAAUCAAAAAGGGCCCCUCACAAAAGGUAUCUUCAGGCAGUCGGCCAAUGUGAAAUCCUGCAGAGAGCUAAAAGAGAAACUGAAUUCUGGAGUGGAAGCACACCUGGACUGUGAAUCUAUUUUUGUGAUAGCAUCUGUCUUAAAGGAUUUUCUACGAAAUAUUCCAGGAAGUAUUUUUUCAUCAGCUCUCUAUGAUCAUUGGGUCAGUGUAAUGGAUCAAGGAAAUGAUGAAGAGAAAAUAAAUACAAUCCAAAGGCUUCUAGAGCAGCUUCCAAGAGCCAAUGUUGUUCUCCUACGGUAUCUUUUUGGGUUAUUAUACAACAUUGAGCAACAUUCCUCAUCCAAUCAGAUGACAGCAUUUAAUUUAGCGGUGUGUAUUGCUCCAAGCAUUCUUUGGCCUCCUACUUCUUCCAGUCCAGAACUAGAAAAUGAAUUCACAAAAAAGGUUUCCCUGCUUAUACAAUUUCUGAUCGAGAAUUGCUGUAGGAUAUUUGGAGAAGAGAUCACUUCCCUCUUGGGAGAGAUUUCAGUGAGAUGUGAUAAUAGAGAGAAUGCCUCAGAUAUCUCUUGCUUCCAACUGAAUGACUCCUCCUAUGACAGCUUGGAGAAUGAGCUAAAUGAGGAUGUGGAUGCUCCGUGUAGUGACCUGGUAAAGAAACUUGGUCAGGGGAGCAGAAGCAUGGACUCUGUCUUAACGCUCAGUGACUAUGACCCGGACCAGCCUGAAAUGGAAGGCCUUUUAGCCCUGAGCGACUUUGACUUAGACCGUUCUAAAGAUGAAGAGGUUCAAAUGAAGCAGCCUCUUGAGUCCAAGCCUGUGAACGUUUCAGUGGGGUACACGAAGGUCCCACCACAGGAUCAGGCCCGGACCCCGUCGGGCGUGUGCACACCUGGCCACCCGUUCACAGCUGCGGCAGAUGCUCCAAAGAGCCUAAGGCGACACCGCCGCUGCUCAGAGCCCAGCAUCGACUGUCUAGAUUCAAAGCUUUCCUAUCUCAGGGAGUUUUAUCAGAAAAAGCUACACAAGUCCAGCUGUGAUGCAAUUCUCUCUCAAAAAGAUGAGGACUAUCUGAAGCAGAAUCAAACACUCCAAGAAGAGGGUAAGACAUGUUUUGAACAGAGUUUAGUCAUAGGCACUGCCAGCAGCAAGAAAAAUGCCACUCAUCAAAGCGUUAAGAAGAAAAGCUUGUCGAGUAAUGAAGGAAACCAUGUGAAACUUUUCCCUAAAUCCAAGCCAGUGGCCAUUUCUCCGGCAUCUUACAGUCACCUGACCUCACAGGAGCACUCCAGGAACCCGCCCAGCGGUGCUGACUUACCUGAAUACUUCCCACCACACACAGCAGAUGUCCUCAAAAGUUCAAGGAGGUACCGGCGCUGCUCAGAGCCCAACAUACAUGACCAGCACUACAAGCUGACCUAUCUCAGGGGGAUUUAUUCCAAGAAACAGCAUAAAACCAGCUAUGAAGCUGGUGUCUUCCAUGGAGAGGAAGAGUAUCUCAAGCGGCACAGGUCUUUGCAAAUGGAGGGGCAAAAGCUCAUUAAUCAGAGUUUGGUCAUGGGGAUUGAGGUGGGCAAGAGUAGUGCCACAAACCAAAACACUGAGAAGGUUUUACCCCCCAGAUUAAACAUUUGCCCAAGGACUAGCUAUUCCAGCUUAUCCUCCUCAGGUACCUCCCCAUCUGGCUCGUCAGUAAGCUCCCAAGACAGUGCUUUUUCUCAGAUUUCUGAACACUCGGUGUUUACACCCACUGAAACUUCUUCUCCAAUAGAUUGCACUUUUCAGGCUCAAAGGAAACAGGAAAAGCUUUCUUCUGAAUUUAGCAGUUCCCGCCUUGUUUCUACAAUGCCCAGUCCCCCAUCGGGGCAGGCCAGCAGCCGCCUGGCUUAUACAAAGAAGGACCCUGGAGAAUGGCAUUCACAAAUGCAUUCUGUGACUCUUCACCCCAGCACAUGGUUGAAAAGUAGUGUAACCAAUUUGAAAAACUGGUCUCUCAAAAAGAAGGCAAAGUCAUGGAGACCAGAGGAAAAAAACAUAGGUUCUCUAAAAGGGCCAACAGAGCCACCUCCACAUGUUUUUGAUGUUCCAGAAGCCAGCGCGCUGCAAGAGAGACAUAAAAACCUGCCCCUAAGGGCAGCCAAAGGACUUGGAGCUGCGCAAACAGCCCAGUGGUAUGAUUCUUAUCCCUGCCAGGACUCAGAGAAACAGUGCAGCUCUCCAUUCAGCCUGGUAGAAGACAGACUCACACUUUGUAUGAAGUCACACGAGGAAGCAGAGGAUGGUGGUCCUUGCCCUCCUGGCACUCUGCCUUGGGAAAGGUCCUCACCCAGCUCUUUGACUGUGGAUGAGAUAUCCAGCCCAGACUCAGGGCCUACAGCAGUUUGCAGUGAUGGGGACAGACAUUUCACCAAAGACAUUUAACCACAGUAAGAAUCCAAGGUCUAUAGGAACAGGAGCUGGGCUGAUGAUAAUAUACAGAUGAUAAUUAUUAUGACCCCUUUGUAUAAGAUCCCUGGUAUAGGUUAGCAUAAGGAUAAUCAUUGCUAAUACAUAGGAUAGCAAAAGGAUUCUUUUUAUGUGAGACUAUGAGAAAUCAUGUGAAGCUUUCCCCCAAAUCUAAAUCAGUCUGGCCAUUUCUGUGACAUCUUACAGUAGCAUGUCCUCACAGGAUCAUCCCAGGAAGCAGCCCAUCAAUGGAACUAAACUGGAGAAAACUAGAGAGAUUGAUUCAAGAACCAUGGGCACCCUGAUAUCAUAGUUGUGUUUUGGUUGGUUGUGUUGGUUAAUUUGUCUUGCCAUUAGAGUGUUGCAUUGUUCUGCAGAGUCUCCCAGAAACAACUGUGCAAAGAAAGAAGGAAAUGAUUGCUCAUUUCAGUGUCCUUUCCAGAAGUGCUGUGCUAGGAACAUUCUCCAAAACUGCAGCUUUCCCUACUAUAUAAAAGGCAGCCUCCUGACAGUAUUUUCUAUCUUAGUGUGGAGGAAAAGACUGCAGCAACAGUCCUUUCUGUGCUAUGGGAAUCUCACCAACAUUUGAUCAAAGUGUGGCUCCUUUUUGCUGCAAUGUGUCUCUGCAGUCCUGCCUACGUUACCUUCAGCUCAGAAAAGGUAUUUAUAAACCAUCCUUUUCUGAUUGUUGUAGCUUGAGUGUUAAGAGAGCAUUUGUAGGUUGGCAGGUUAUAAGGAGCCACAAAAUAGAAUACCCACUGAUGUGGCUGCCAUCCCUUUUUCUUAGACAGUUAUUGGCUUUGGGUUUUCUUACCUCCAGACUGUUUCCCUAGUUUUAUCCCAAAUGCUUCAUGACCCUGUUGGUUUAUUUCAUAUCCACAGACACUUCUCUUUCUUGCCUUAAAGGCUCCACUGGUACAUCCUCUUGCCUAGGAAUGGAUUAUCAGACCUUACUGACAAGCAUGAAGGCACAUAGCACCAGGAACAGAUUUUCGCCAUUUUAACUACCUACCUGUAAGAAGUUGCUUAGAGCCCAUUUGGUUUCUUUAGUCCCACCCUCAGAGAAACAUUUUGCCCACAAACUAGCUUAUUCCAAAUUAUUUUUUAUCAGUCACCAGGAUAUCAUCACCAAAUAUUCUUUCCCUAUGAUUCAACAGGUUGCAUUUUUUUUUCAGUUAUGAAAAAAAAAUAAUGUUUUAUCUAAGAAAGAAGUCCUUUCAGUAUUAGUAUUAGCUACAGGUGCUACCUACCUCUUGGGGACAUGGUUUGUCUGCCCUAAGCACUAUAAUAAACUUUUAGAACUCUGUCCAAAUUACUUGUCCAUGGCACUGGCCAUCGCAGUCACAGAUGUGAAGUAGAUUUUACCUUAUAACCAACCACUCCUGUAUUAAGACUCCUAAGAGUCCAUGUGCAUCGUUUGUGGUAUAAUAUAUAAAGUCAACAGGGACUUGCCUUACCCUUAGGGCAUACUACUGUCUGAACUGCAAGAUGUGAAUGAAACUCUUAUGGCUCAGAGUGUCUUUUGGAAGAAAUUGCUUCUCUACCUACCGAAAUGAUUGUUCUAGCCCUUUUUCUUAUAUUGGCAGGUAGAAAAUUAUCCACCCAACUUGAAGAAUAGAAGAAAAUAGAUGCUGAGGUUCUUCAGUAACCAUUCCUACCCUCUGUAUUCCCUUAGAUACUCCCAUGAUACUUAAAUGUGAAUAGUUUGUUAAUAUUGCUGUAAAGUAUUGUAUGAUUUGAAGACAGACUACAUGUCAUUUUAUUAUACUCUGUCAACCUAUAAUAUAUUAGACUGAUGCUUUAUCUAAGAUGCUUUGAGUUUGUAUAAUAUAUCUUGACAAAUUUUACUACCAUAUGUUAUGUAAUAAAUGUGUAUUUUUGUAUUUGCAGAAACUGCUGCUAACUUUUAAAGUUCUUUGAUUUUAAAGGCACUGAUAAUGGAUAUGUGUGAAGUCCAUGCUGUCUAUUAAAUAAAAUACUAUU